UGCGAAAUAAUGAGUUCUGGUGGAAACACCGCAUCGGCCUCUGGCCGAGGUAUUAUUGAAUCGUCUAAUGUCACCUCAAGUGAGUACAGGAUCACCCUCCCUCGUCUGCCAACCGGAAACAUCGUCCUCAAUUCUGUAUUUCUCCACGCCGACAUGUCCUCCAGGCCUUAUACGGCACCGGACUUUCGAGAUGCUCUCAAGGAAGUAAUAGACCUAAAAGACAUAAAAGCCACCGGACAAUUCCAAAUGGGCCAUGUAUGGAUGGUCACCUGCGUCAACGCUCUCGCCAAAGAAAAGCUUUGCCUUCGUGGUGAGCUGCUCGUCAAAGGCAAGAAGUGCCUGGUGAUCGACCCAAACACUCGGGAUCUCAAGAUGAAGCUCCUGUGGCUUCCGGACCAUCUCGAGGAUAGACGCAUUGUCGAAGCCCUGACACCAUACGGCAUAGUGCGUAGCGUUCAUCGAGAGAAGUGGCGCUGUCCGGAAAUGGAGCACAUGGACACCCUAAACAGGGAAGUAGACAUCACCCUACAUGAAGGAACGGCGACGGAGAAGAUUCCUCACCUGCUACAGGUGUACGGAAUACAAACGCUCGUCAUCAUCCCGGGAAGGCCUCCUUUGUGCCUCAGGUGCAACCGGGUCGGACACAUUCGACGGCAGUGCAGGACACCGCGCUGCUUCAAAUGUGGCACUUACGGACACAUCGCUGACGCUUGCGUUACGACUUACGCGACCAAGCUUCGUGGGAAAGUGUCCCGUGACGUGGAAGAACACUCGGAGCUCCUGAUGGACAUCUCCGAGGUCGUUGACGCUUCAGGCCACACUCCCUCUGCCGAAACCUUCACGGCACACAUCAAGGAUAACUCGCCUGCAACAGAGACAGCCUCUGGUGUCAAAGAAAACGACUCUGGAAUCCUCCCAGAGCUAACGCCUGCGCCCUGCGACCACGGUGAUGAUGAUGACGCCUCAUCGACGGCAACGAUUGUCGAGGAGGACGCACCAUCAGACGCAGAAGACAUCGCUGCUCCCGCCGAGGUCGUUCCAAAGGCCAGCGAGAAAGAGGCUGUAUCAUCGAGGCCAGAGGUUGCCACAGAACUUGGCGACCAGAAUGACCCUGUGCCAGUGGAUGACGAGCCGUUUGUACGGGUUAGAAAGGACCGAAAACAGGUAGGCUUUAGGCCUAAACCAUAUUCCAAACAAAAUAGUCAUAAACCGCUCGAUAACAACCAGAGCGGUGACUUUAACUCACCUUAA